AUGGUCAAGAAACUCUUUGGCAUCUCCUCCAACACUUCCAGCCACCAACAAAACGUUCAUCAACCGGCCACCACCUUCAUGGUCGUUGAUGAUCCCUCCGUUUUGCAAGGUUUCUACAAUGAACAACAACAAAAUCAACAACACCACAACGCCCUCCUCAAUAAUAGUACAAACAAUGCCGCCUUUUUUAAUACCACAGGACUCUCACAGCAACAACAACAGCAAUUUCUUAUUAAUCAGUUCGCAUCUGCUGCGUCAUCAGUAUCUUCUUCUUCUUCUGUUGGUGGUGGUGGAGGAGUUGGAGGAGGCUUCUCAUCAAGCCUUCCGAAUAAUAAUAACAUGAUGAAUACAAGUAAUAAUACAAAUAAUAAUAACUUUUCAUCAUUUGGUAUUGGCAAUAACGGUAACAUUUUCAUCACUAGUAAUAAUAAUAAUAAUAUGAAUAAUAAUAUGAAUAAUAACAUGAUGAUUAGCAAUAUGAAUAAUAAUAUGAAUAACAAUAAUAAUAACGUCAAUAACUUUAUGAUGCAAACAUCGUCAUCAUACAAUACUAAUAAUAAUAACAAUAUCUUUCGUUUAGAUGACAAUAACAAUUCACGUGCGUUCCUAUUCGGCCAAGGUUCUUCAUCCACUUCAACUUCCAAUAAUAAUAAUGGUUUUAUUGUAAAUAAUGUUAAUACUAACAAUAAUAAUACAAAUAUAAAUACAAAUACAAAUACUACUACUCAACAAUCACAACAACAACCACCACAACAACUUGUAAAUAUCGUUCUAAAUAAUAAUGGUGUAUCUAAAUAUGCUCCGGUUAUCAAGUGGUCAGUGGCUCCUAGUACAGCUUAUUCAUUUUCCAAUAAUCAAUCAACUGCCAAUAUGAUUAGUAAUGAAGCUGACAAUAUCAUGAGUCAAACAUUGAUUGAUCCAGUAUUUGGACCAGAUGACUGCAAAAUUUCUAAAGGAAACUUCUUAACUAAUACGAAACUGUUUUGUCUAUCUGAACAAACUUUGAGAGAUUUUCAAUAUUUGAGACCAAGUGUUCAAACUGAUAACUUGUAUCACUUGGCAGAGAUGGAAAAUGAGAGUUCUUGGCUUCCAAAUGAUAGAAUUGCACCAAAGAAAACUACUCAUAAUUGUCUAGUUAAUGAUUGGUUGGUUUUCUGUAGUCAAGAUCCUCAAUUAUUGAAAUUAGUUGGAAGAUACAUCAAUGGAGCAUCUAAUACUGAUGUUCAAUUGUUUGCUGACUUUGUUCUAGUCACUAGUAAUAAUCACGAUGAGGAUAGUAGAGAAUCUUUAUUUGGAAAACAAAGAUUCAAGGGAGGAAUUCCAUUACAAAUGAAAUUGGUCAGAAAUUCUGCAAAUAAUGCAAAUAUGACACCACUCUUGUAUUUUGAAAAGAGGAUUAACAGAGAAUCAGUUAAUAAUAAGGAUGCACCAAGUGCAAGUGGAAUGGGAGGCAAACGUGUUGCCCAACUUCGUAUCUAUUUGAAAGAUAGUAAUCAAGAGAUUUGUUUGGUGCACUCUGAAGGUUUUUGGGUGAGAACCAAGAGCAGAGAGGAGAUUCAUAGAACUAGUCCAAGAGAACUUCAAGUUCAAGCUCCACCACAAGAAACAACUCAAAAGAAGAAGAGACAUGCAUUCUAUGGCCUCUUCCAAGGUAAUGGUGGCAGAGGAGUGAAGAGAGAGCAAAAUGCAAUUGUUGUCGAGACUCCUACUAGAGUUUUCAUGGAUCACCAAGGUAAUUUCACCCAAGGUCUUACUGAAAUUGUUUCAGCUCAACAAUUCCAACAACAAGAUUUGAGUCAAAUGAGCAAUAGUGCUAGCAGUUACGGAUCCAACUCUUACUUGAGCAAUAGUGGUGGCUUUGUACUUCAAGGAGUUUCACCAAUUUCCAAUCAAAUCCAAAUGCAAAAUAAUGGAAAUGAAUCUGAAGUCUCCUCAUUGAGUUCAACACCAAAUAAUGCCAGUAACUUGUCCGUAUCUCAACACAGUUUAUCAACCAAUGAUAUUGCAGAAAUUUUAAGAGGAUUGUCAAUUUCCCUUCCAAACAAUCAAGGAGGAGGUGGAGGAGGCCAUCAUUCUCGUAAUUCUUCCUUCACAUCACCAAACGGAUUGGCAAGCAGUUGUAGUUCAACAUCCAGCACUUCAUAUCUUCAAAUCAAUAACAAUAAUAAUUCAUCUGAUAUGGGACUAAAUUUCCAAUCACUUAUUGAACCACAAGGGAGUGAAUCUAUUGACACUACCAUUAACAAGUUGGAUGCAGCCAUUAACUUCUUCUCAACCAUGAAAGAUGCUUAUAUGAAGCUUAAGAAUAAUCAAACUUCGGAUAUGCCAAACAUGGGAGAAUUGUAUGCUCAAUUCAGCUCUUCAUUACAAGAUAAGAGAAAAGACAAGGGAUUCAAGAGAGUGAGACAAGGAAAUGAAUCAGGAGCUGUUUCUCCACAAUCCAAUCACUCUGGAAAGAGUUUGACGGUUCCUUUCAGAACAACAUCAACCUCAGCUCCUAACACUUCCGCUCUUAACAUGAAUGGUUCAAGUCCACUAGUCAACAAUGUCAUUUCAAAUGUUGGCUAUAACCCAAGCGCCUCUUUCAGUGGUAAUGGUAAUAACAAUAAUGUUAUUAAUAUGCCAUUCCAAAAUACUACCUUCAUCGCCCAUCCUUCAAUCAACAACUUGCCAAUGAAGAAUUUUGAUGGAGAUUUGCCACAUACACUGUUCAACAGUGCUGAUACAGAUGCCACCCAAGAUAUUUUCAACAUGUAAUUUUGAAAAUAUUUCAUAAUUACCUAAGAUUUUAUACAACUAAAUAAAUUUAUUUAUUAUACACU